AUACCCGCCCGUCACUGAGAGUCUGCGCGAAGGCCUGGGAGACACGAAUCCACCUCUUACCCGAGCGUGCCUGUACGGCAAUUCGGUAUCUCGCGCGAUCUUACCCACCAGCCCCGCGCUCGAUCAAAAUCCACAUUGAGAGCAUGCAGGCUGCAACGGAGAGGUUCACUGGGCAUGUCUUUGCUACCAGGAACGGCUGCAUAUAUUGGGCAGGUCAAUUCCUGCAUAUAGCGCUUCCGAGUGCAGGGUUGGGCACACAACAUGCGAUGACAGAUGUACUCCCAGGAGCUAUACAGCGUGUAUGGCCAGCUCAAGCAGACAUACAUGCGUGCAAUUGGUGCAACACCGGCUUUUACGUCCCAGGUCCUUUUUCGGCACGAGCAGCUUUAAGGAGCGCAGCCACUCACUUGAUGGUAGAGGGUGACGCCGAUAGCGUCGUACAUGCCGUGUGGCUGUCGCACGCGAACAGCAACAACCUUGACAGCCUUCCAGCAGCCCGCGACCAGCUCAGGGAUUGCAGUGCAUAUUUGGUCUGCUCUGGCAAGGUCGGAGCUUGUUCAAGAUCGACUUUGGACUUCUCAAGAUUUUCUUGGACACCCUUGAUCUCAUCGAGCUGCAGCGCUCCAUGUAUCAGGCAAAGCUGUGCAUUGAUUGGAAGAGGAGCACCCUCACCCAGCACAAACAGACUGGACAUUCGCGCAUUAUGCAGUGAAUCAAGAGCUCCGAGCAGUCAAAGAACAACAGUACCCGCAACAAACUUGGCAUCCAGCAGGUGUUUUGAAGGACACAUCGAUACUAUCCCGAGAGGCACGCGCAUAGAGUUGCAUGAACAUUCGGAGAGACUUCAGAUCUGAGCGCGCACCAUUGAUGCGCUCUGUUGUGUAUCGAGGACGGAAGUCGAGGCCGGUUUUCACACGGCGAGAGUCGUUUCAAUGGUACAGAACAAAGUACAUCCCGGCAGCUUCAGGUCUCCGAUUUUGUCUGUUCUGCUUGUUCUGCCAAGCACAUUGGUCGUCCGGAUCUUGCAGUCUUAUCGCCAGAUGAACACCUAUCGUAGGGCCAUAUGGAAGAGUUGGAUGGAAGAAUCUGGGGUUUGAAACUCGUCCCUUGGGUCAAUGGACGUCAUCAUCAAAGUGGAUGAGCCGAGAAUU